GGUUAUAUAUCAAUAUAUAUUCGAAGUCGAGUUCCACUGGAUUACGUGAAUUUCAGUUUACAAUCUCGUAUUUAUUAAAUCGCUUAAUAUCUCGUCCUUGUAUGUUAAUUUUUGUUUUAAAAAAUGAGUCUUGUGGCGUACGAUAGUAGCGAUGAUAAUUCCGAAGAUGAAGAAGUUAAUUCUAUCGAGCGUAGUGAUAAUAAAAAUGAUCUAACCUUUCUAACCAAACGUUUGAACAAAGAUUUAUGUUUACCUGCACCAAAAAAUAACACGGAUGUAGAAUUAACUGUAAAUAAUGAAUCAUUAUCAACAUUUAAUUGGGAUAUGUUGCCAAAACCUAAAAAUGCGAGCAUAGAACAAGUGGAUUUGAAGGAGGAAGGUGAAAUUCCGGCAAAGAAGGAAAUAGAACAAGAAAAAAGGCCAACUAAGAAACCAGUCAAAAUAAUGAUUAGAUCCUUAUGCGAAUUCAAAGAUCUCGAUGAAGAGGAUAAGAAAAAACAAAGUAGGAUUGCACCAAUAGAAAAAGGAUCAGGACUUUUUUCUAUCUUACCAGCUCCUAAGAUAGUAGAGCAAAAAAGUACCAAGUCUUUAAUACCAAACGUUGUUGUUAAAUCUCAAAAUGUAUCGACUACAAAAAAAAUUAUAUCAUCUAGCGACAAGCCGAAAAAAUCUAACUACGAGUCAAAUUCUGAAGAUGAAGGGGAAAGCGAUGCAAAUAAAAAUGAUAAUCACGAAUCUGGCAUAGAUUUCUUUGCUUUGAAUACAGUCAAAUCUGUGACAAAUACAGAUUCUAUAACAUUGGAUUCACAGAAUACAGAAAGUAGUGAUUUUGUAUCAAUGUCCACACUUUUUAAUGAAUCCAAAACAAAAAAUAAUACGAAUGCGAAUACUAUUGUACGUGACAAUAACACGGAGCAAUACGCUCACAAUUCGAAUUUAACCUUAGUAAGUAACGUUAUAAAUUUACCAAAAGAAGAAAUAUUAAUAAAAAAUAAAGCAGAAGUUGGACCAAAAUUACCCGUUCCAGAACAAGAAUAUAAUGUCGAUGCUGAAGGUAAUGUAGCAUUCGAUGAAAAAGCUAUAGAAUACCUGUGUGGUAGGAGAGGUAUAAAGAGAAAAAAUAAGGAAAUGGAAGAAGCAAACAUAAUUGAAAUCAGUGGCGAUGAUAUUAAACCAGAUGAAAGGGAAUGGUUGGUGAAAGCAUUGACGGAAGAACCUGUACAGAGGCCUGUGUCUAUGCAAAGUAGUGGAAUUAAUUUUCAGUCAAAGAAGAAGCAUCAAAUUACGUACUUGGCGCAUCAAGCUAAAGCUAUGGAACUUGAAUUGAAGAAUCAAUGGGCUCUUAAUAGAAUGACAAGGAAACAAACACAAUCCAAGUAUGGUUUUUAAAAACAAAUGAAAAUAUAAAAUUAUUUAUCACGAGUACGAGUCUAUUUCUGAUAAAAACAGAAGCGGUUAUUUGUAAAACGUUUAUUAUAUAUAACGGUAAAAUAUAUAAUAUUAUAGCAAGUA